CUAUCAUGAAUAUCACAACAAGGCAGAUCUAUAGUUUGGGGCUAAUCCCACAAACCUAUCUGAACCAUAAACCUAACAGGUGGAUCUACUCAGAAAUGAUAACAAAAAUCAUAGAUGAAUAGAUAUAAAACUGAAAUAGAAUAGAUAAGAAAACCAAUGGAGUUCCAGGAGGACUCUGAUAGGAGUUCCUCCCUUCUCUCCUAAGAGAAACAAUGGAAAUGAAAGUGUGUAGAAAGCGUAGAAAGCGUAGCCGUCAACAAUGGCUUAGAAAUAACAUAAAUAGGGUUUCUGGUCGUCCAAGGGUAUUUUGGUAAUUUGUGGCUUCUAGGGCUUCACGCAGUCAUAAAAUAUACAAGGCCCACGAUCUGGGAUCUCCAUCGAUCGACGUGCAGAAUGCUGCAUCAAUCGACGCGGCUUCCUCUUCUCGGCAGCUUCCUCUCGCGAGGCAGACUGACCACUCUUUAGUAAAACGAGCAUAACUUAUGCUACAGGAUGCUGAUUGACCUGAGACCGGUGGGAUUGGAAAGCUAACUCAAAGCUCUAUCUUGUGUCAAAAUAUGGGCUCAAUCUAACGGUCGGAAAGUCUCCGUCCAUUGCUAAACAUCUGACGCGUCUGUGCAACUCUGCACCUUAAAAGGUUCCAAAAGACUCCAAAAUAAUCAUAUUUCACUUAAACGUCCCUAAACCUGUAAAUAUUCUAAAUAAAUUCCAAAACAUAAUAAUUGUAUCUUAAAACACUUUAAAAUACUUAUAGACCAUGAUUAAAAAUAGGUAAAAUAUAUGGUCUAUAAACAGUAUGAGUUAACCCAAUAAUUUACAUUUCGAAACGAACUUUAGGCAAUACUUUAUGUCAUUUGCCUUCGAUCAUAAAACAUCCCCUUGAUGGUGGCCAAGAAGUCAUCAGCCUUUCCUAAAGAUAAUUUUAAUAAAAAAUUUCGUUUGCUUUUGUCACUUUUGUCUUGUUCUUCAACAAAAUUUGAACACGAGAUAUUUACUGAAUAAACAAAAAGAAAUAACAUUAGAUAUUUUGUUUUUCGUCAUUUCUCCACUGAAAAAGAAUUAAAAACCAUCUUGAAAUCUAAAGCCAUCAAGAGAUCUCCACGUGGGAACAAUCAAGACCUACCGACAGUUUGAUAUAUAAUUGUCAUAAUCGGUGACACUUGACAAACAAAAAAAUUAUCACAAUCGUUCACUCGACAAAGGACCCACUUUGAUUCUCUAUACGUGGCGCAAAUCUAAUCGAGGUUUCUGACGCCAGCAUGCCUAAAGCAUACAGACGCAGUUGGUCAAUAGGUUGGCCUCCUCUCCUACUUCCUUCCUCUAGCGAUUUUUUAAUUUCCCUCUCAACUUAUAAAUAUAGACAACUGGAAAAUUUAUUUUUUGUUUGAACUGUAAAAAGUAACUGAAAAGUAUUUUAAUUUCUGUAUUAGAUAAUAGAGGCGGCAAAAAUAUACAUUAUAAAUGAAUAUUUUAUAAAAUAAUAAAUUUUCUCUGAACUAAAUUUGGAUAAAAAAUUAUUAAUCAAUACACUUUUAACUAAUAAAUACUGUCAAUACUAUUUUUUGAACUGUUCUUACAAAAUACCACUGUCAACAUAGUUAAUUUAUAAAAAUUAAAAGUUUCAUAUUUGAGAAUAUUUAUAAUUUUUGUUUUUAGAUAAAUAUGUGUUUUGAACUAAUUAAAAUUCUGAUACUUAAAUAUUCAAAAACAAAAUUGGAAAUACAUUCAAAAAUUUGAAAUGAUUUUAUUUUUAAAUAGAUAUUAAAUUUCAACAGUUUUUCAAUAAAAUAUGAUUUCAAAUAUGAUAUUUUUAAAAUAAAUAAUAAAGAGGAUAACAAAAUUAACUCGAGUAUCUCUAUUUUAUCCAAAAGAACAAAUGAUAUUCUUAUACUCCCUUUGGAAACUUUAUCUUUGCAUAAUUUUAUUCAGUAUUCGUAUAGCAUUAAUUUAUUUAAUUAAGAACAUACCAGAAAGGAAAUGGCUGAUAUUUUAUUUUCGUUAAAAUGUUUAUUACUGAGACCAAUUAUAAAAUAGUUAUUCUUGAGUUUACAUUUUAGGGAUGAACUUCUAGGUUCACCAACCAAUAGAAUUUUACUAUUUUAAAUUUGAUAUCUUUUAAAAAAUAAAAUGAAUUAUUGUCAUGUUAUAUAACGUUUUUAAAAUAAAAAGGUAAAAGAAAAAAAUAGUUACAUAAAAAUAAUUUAAAGAACAAUAUUUUUAACGUCAUCAGCAAAACACUAAACCAUAAAUCCUAGAUCCUAAAUCUUAAAUCCGAAACCCUAAACUUUUGGGUAAAUCCUACACCCUUGGAUAAAUCAUAAACUCUAAAUCAAAAACAUUAAACACUAAAACCCUAAAUCCUAAACCCUCGAGUGUUUUAGUGUUUAGUGUUUUUGAUUUAAUGUUUACGAUUUAUCUAAAGGUUUAAGAUUUACAUAAAGAUUUAAGUUUUAGGAUUUAGAGUUUAAUGAUUAGGAUUUAGCGUUUAGUUUUUUCUUGAUGAUAUUAAAUUUUUUUUUUAUAAUUAUUACUAUUUAUUUAUUUAUUUCUAUUUUUUUAUUUUAAAAAUAAUAUAAUUUGAUAGUAUUUUUUUUUUAUAUAAAAGAUGUCGAAUUUAAAAUAACACAAUUUUAUUAGUCUGUGAAUUUAGAAGCUAAGGAACAAUAAGUCAUUAUAAAAUGACUACCACACGGUCCAUACCUGUCUUUUCCGUCUAUUUAAUUGAAGCUAUUGCUUAAAACGUCAGUUUCGGGAGUUGGGUUUGUUGUACAGUCUCUUCUCUCUCUCUCUUCUCUCUCCCUCUUCUCUCCUGUCUUUGCAAGCUCUCUCAUAUGGCCGGCCUGAGAUGGCGAGAGUGGUGGAACACGAUGGCGUUCCCCGCGCGGCGCAUCUGGAAUCGUUUCACCGUUCGCGUCGGAUUCCGCCACAGCGGACUCUUGAGGUUACAAAACGAUGUGAGUUCUUGCGAGUACGAAGACAUACACAUCAUGUGGAAUCUGUUGCACAAGAUCGAUGAUCCGACACCCAUACGUGGCGCACGGAUCCAACAACGAAUCCAACAGAGGAAGAAAGCUUGUUGGAAUCUCUUCGAUUCAUAUCUUUGCCAAAGAUUCUGAUUAUAUUUAUUAUAAUAUAUAUAACCUAAACAAAUUUCAAACCAUAUUUGUAAUUUGUGAGAGCCUUGACGGGUCCCCUGCAAGUGUGGUGAGGUUAUUGACAAAUUUCGCUAAAUAUUAAAAUCCAAGGUUGAACGGUUUAGCGGCAAUUCCAUGGCAUGUGUCUCCUCCCUGUAUGUAAUAUAUGCGUAUUAUCAUUAGAUGAGUGUUGUGAUAUAUAAGAUUUAAAUGGUUCCAUACUUUGAUGUUACGCUUAUCUAUGUAUUUUUCUGAUUCUACUCAGAAACACAACUUUUAAACCCAUAACCAUUUGAUAUCUGCCAUGACAUAUUCAUAUUUCCUUGAGAAAAUGAAAACCAAUAUCUGAUCCUUGGAUACAUAAAUUAAUAAAAGGGAUGCAAUUGUGCAAUUGCAAAGCAUGAUUUCCUUUCACCACUGUUGAGGUAAAAUAACGUCGGAUUCAUUGUACAUUUGUAAUACUACAUAAACAAUAAGUGAGAUGGUUAAAAAAAUAUGAGAGUGUUGUUUAUCUUCUAUAUAUUAAUUGAGAAACAUUGUAACUUCGUUUUGUAACCACGUGUCAUUACGAAGAUUCUUAAAAUUAUUAAUGAAAUAUAAUCACAUGUUAUAAUGAAAAAGAAGGAAGAAGACAAUACCCUGAUAGCUCGUUUCUAUCUUUUAUAAAGAUGUUGAGCGAUUGUAGUAUGCUGAAGUUUCCAUUUACUAGGAACAUGCUAUCAUGGGUGGGAAAGAGAGUGGGAGGAUCAACUGUUAGAUGUUAUCUCGACAGAGCUGUUGGAAAUGACGAUUGGCAUAAGAGAUUCCCUCAUUCUGCUGUAAAAUAUAUGAAGCUGUGGGAAUCGAAUCAUCGUCCGAUCUUAGCGGAUAUUCUCACAAGACCGGUAAGAAAAUCAAAAAAAUUUAAAUUUGACAAAAGGUGGCUGGACAAUGAGAAACUGAGACAAGUAAUUUUGGAUGGAUGGAAAUCUCCCGAUCUUCUACCCCACGCAAAUAUUAUGGAGCAUAUUUCGAGUUGUCGUAAAACCUUGAGCCAGUGGAGGAGAGAGCAUAAUUUAAACAAACUAGUGAAGAAACUUAAAGAGAAGGUUGAGGGGUUGUAUUCAAAUGAUGAUGCGACAACUGAGGAAAUAGUAGAAGCCUUGAAGGAACUCUCUGAUGCUCUUAAGGCAUAAGAGAUGUUCUGGAUGCAAAAGAGUCGAGUUUUUUGGCUAAGGAAAGGCGAUAGAAACAUAAAAUUCUUCCAUGCAUUGACCAAGCAGAGGAGACCUAGGAAUAAAAUCAUACAACUUAGAGAUGCAAAUGGAAAUAUUAUUGAGGAUGAGGAAGGAUUGGUAGCCAUUGCUAAUAGUUACUUUAGGCAGAUCUUUGAAUCCUCCAACCCAUAAGAUAUAGAGGAUGCGCUAUCAGAGGUAUCCACAUCGACUACUGGGUCGAUAAAUAGUGAUCUUACAGCUCCGGUCACUGAAUGGGAAGUCAAAUUAGCACUUUUUCGAUGCGUCCAGAAAAGGCACCUGGACCAGAUGAGAUGACAGCUUUUUUUUAUCAGAAAUUCUGGGAUAUUGUAAAAGAUGAUUUAACUCAUAUUGUUAAUCAAUUUCUUUUUGAUGGAUCAAUGGCGAGUGGUUUGAACGAUACUAAUAUCUGCCUCAUCCCAAAAACGAACAAUCCCAAUGAGAUGUCCCAGUUCCGACCCAUCAGCCUAUGUAACGUCAGCUACAAGAUUAUUUCUAAGAUCUUACGCCAGAGAUUAAAUAAAGUUCUACUUGAUAGAAUUUCAAAAAUCCAGUCAGCCUUUGUUGCUGGAAGACAAAUUUCUGAUAAUAUUAUGAUUGUCCAAGAAAUGUUUCAUGCCCUUAGAACUAAGCCAAGCUGAAGAAACAAAAGGAUGACCAUUAAGAUGGAUAUGAGUAAGGCAUAUAUGAGGAUGGAGUAGUCGUUCAUUGAGGCAGUUAUGCGAAAGAUGGGGUUCUCUGAGGUUUGGAUUACCUGGAUUAUGAGAUGUGUUACAUCGAUGAAAUACAAGGUACUUAUGAAUGGACAACCAAGAGGAAAUAUUGUUCCAGAGAGAGGCCUACGUCAAGGGGAUCCUUUGUCUCCUUUCAUCUUUAUUCAAUGCACGGAAGCGCUCGUUAGCCUUCUUAAUCAUGCAGAGAACCAAGGAAAGAUAACGGGGAUGCGCGUUACAUGCGCAUGUCCUUCUGUAUCCCACCUUCUCUUUCCUGAUGAUAGCAUUUUCUUAUGUAAGGUGGAGCCCCGUGAAUGUGAGGAAGUGAUGAAAGUAGUCAGGAAAUACAGAGAAGCAUCGGGACAAUGCAUUAAUUUUGAAAAAAAUUUCCUACUCUUUGGUGAGAAUAUUAACGCAAAUGUUAGACAUGAGAUUAAAUAUACUAUUGGAAUCCAGAAUGAAGGAGGAAUAGGAAUAUAUCUAGCAAUUCCAGAAGAUAUUAGCAGAUCCAAAUGUACACUUUUUGCAUUUUUGAAGGAUAAAUUAAUGCGUAGAGUGAAUUGAUGGACAUGCAGAUGGCUAUCAAAAGGUGGAAAAGAGUUUCUGAUUAAAUCUAUCUUGUUAGCGCUUCCGACAUACGUUAUGUCUAGUUUCAUGCUCCCGUUGGAGAUAUGUGAAAACCUUGAUAGUGCCAUUACGAAGAGUCUCUAUAAACAGCCCAUCAUAUGUGUGAGCCAGUAUUUCAGCAGCACAAAAAUUAUUAUUAUUGGGAAUCAGACAUAGGGUGCAUUCAUGAUAUGAGGUUACGGUAUGGGAGGAUCCUUGGAUCCCGACAACACCAGCUAGACCAGCACGUCCCUUAGCCCCAGCGCUGCAUCCGAACAUGAGAGUCAAUGAUCUCAUUAACUAGGAUAUGAAGGAAUGGGAUGUGGAGCUACAGAGAACUAUAUUGACCCUGCUGAUAUACCCUACAUAAGGAGUCAAGCCAUAAGCACCAUUCAUCGUCGGGAUAGAUUCUCCUGGAACUAUACUAAAAAUGGACAGUAUACAUUCAAAUCAAGAUAUUGGGUAGCUCAGAACUUACUAAAGGCUGAUGAAGAGAAGAAGGUUCUAGAACCUAGUAUAACAAAGCUCCAAGCCUUUGCAUGGAAGAUACAAGCUCUUCAAAAGAUUUGUCAUUUUAUAUGGCAACUGAUAACUGGUUAUGUGGCAGUGACGAGGAAUCUGUUACGACAUAACAUGAGAUGUGAUAAUUACUGUCCCCAAUGUGGAGAACCAGAAGAAUCCGUAACUCAUGCAAUUUUUGAAUGUCCACCAGCUUUACAAGCUUGGUCUCUCUCAGCGACACCAACAAGCCAAGAUGUGUUUCUUCUUCCGAGCAUAUAUGCCAAUAUGGAUUAUCUCUUCUAGAGAAAUAACAAUAUUGUUGAACCAGAAUUAGACAGAGACUCAUAUCCUUGGAUAAUUUGGUAUCUUUGGAAGGCCAAAAACGAUAAACUCUUUAGGGAAAUUGACAAGGAUCCUUUGGAGCUAGUCCGAUAUGCGGAGAGUGAGUGUCAAGCCUGAUUUAACGCAAAUGAAAUAAUACCAACAGCUCCACAAGGCCUUAAUAUUGAAGAACCUCAAGUCUUAAGCUUGAGUAAUAUCUGCAUGAUAUAUGCCAAUAUGGAUUAUCUCUUCUAGAGAAAUAACAAUAUUGUUGAACCAGAAUUAGACAGAGACUCAUAUCCCUGGAUAAUUUGGUAUCUUUGGAAGGCCAAAAACGAUAAACUCUUUAGGGAAAUUGACAAGGAUCCUUUGGAGCUAGUCUGAUAUGCGGAGAGUGAGUGUCAAGCCUGAUUUAACGCAAAUGAAAUAAUACCAACAGCUCCACAAGGCCUUAAUAUUGAAGAACCUCAAGUCUUAAGCUUGAAUAAUAUCUGCAUGAUAUAUGCCAAUAUGGAUUAUCUCUUCUUGAGAAAUAACAAUAUUGUUGAACCAGAAUUAGACAGGGACUCAUAUCCCUGGAUAAUUUGGUAUCUUUGGAAGGCCAAAAACGAUAAACUCUUAAGCGAAAUUGGCAAGGAUCCUUUGGAGCUAGUCCGAUAUGCGGAGAGUGAGUGUCAAGCCUGAUUUAACGCAAAUGAAAUAAUACCAACAGCUCCACAAGGCCUUAAUAUUGAAGAACCUCAAGUCUUAAGCUUGAGUAAUAUCUGCAUGAUAGAUGAGUCAUAGACAUCUACUGCACAGUUUAGUGGAUAUGGAUGGGUCUGGCUUGAUAGCUUGGGGAAGGGUCAACUUAUGGGGACACAAAAUCAUAUUCGAAGAGAGUCUGCCUUACAUUCAGAGAUGGAAGCACUGAGAUGGGCGAUGGUGAGUAUGCACAAACAUUCGACUUGUCAAAGUUUUGGAACGGACUGCAAGGAUUUGAUUGCAAUGAUCAACGAGUAUCGUGCUUGGCCGAUCUUUGCGACAUAAUUGGAGAGGAUAGAGACUCUCAAGAUAUGCUUCCCGGAUUUCAAGAUUACUCAUAUUCCACGAACCCGGAAUCAGAUUUCAGAUUUCUUAGCUAGGACUGCGAGAUCUUUCCAUAGAGUAUUCUAUUUCAUUGGUUGUUCUAUUCCGGUUGGGUUACCCAGACCACCUAAAAUUUGAGUAAUAGAAUAGCCUUUCGAUUUGAAAAAAAAAACUAAAAAGUAGUUCUCAACCAAUGAAUCCACGAAGAAUGAAAAAAUGGCAGGAUCAAUUCGUUAGAUACUGAUGUCCAAAUAAAGUGCAUUUACUCUUUGUUUGUUGUAUAUAGGUGUCGUCUGCUUCUGGCUUUAUUUAAAGGACAGUCUACAAAAGAGUAAUCAACAAGUAUUAAUAAUGUGAUGGCUUUUUCCCUUUUCUGGGUAGACAUUUCACUUAACAAUACUCACGGCUUAUUGAUUUUAUGUAAAUGGAAUAAAAUCAAUCGAAUUUGUAUCGCUAAAUACGUUCCUUCCGAGGCCUACCGGAUCAGCCGAUAGGGUCUAUAAAAAAAAUGUAACUACACUCAUUUGGUCUUUUCUUUUAUGGUAAAUCCCUUAGAUAUUAAAUUUUUUACCAAAAAUAGUUUUAAAUACAAAAAUGCACCCAAAUUUACCAAAUACAACUGAAAAGGAGAAUAAGUCAUGUGAGACAUGUUUUGGGAAACCAUAAUUCCAAAUAGUGAUUUCUUUAUUAUUCACCCUUCAUUUUUUCUUUUCUUUUUAGGUGAGACUGCUGAGUAGGUGACUAUUUGUACGCAUGACUGCUAUUAGAUGGUUUUCCUCUAAUUUUGAUUGGGGUUUAGAUGAUGUUAAGUUGCAUGAGAUAAACGUUAGAUAAAGUUGCAUACCAUUUUCGAGAAAGGAUGAGACAUGUGUUACAUAAAAUUCUUUUCUUGGCAAUCGUCUUAAGAUAAAAUCAUAAAAUUGUUAAUACUGACUGGCUGAUCUCUUCUCCGUAGCAUGAUAUUCCGGGACUCAAAUUCUAACGUUCAUGUCCAUCCUCUUGUGUGCCCAUAGCUCUCUCUCUCUCUCUCUCUCUCUCUCUCUCUCUCUCUCUCUCUCUCUCUCUCUCUCUCUCUCUCUCUCUCUCUCUCUCUCUCUCUCUAAGCCUGUGGGGAUCAGAAGCGGUAAUUAUUAGAAUUCAGAGUACUUGUUUACUGAACCUAUAAUUACCAUAUGAUAUUUCAGGGACUCAAAACUGAAACGUCCAUGUCUCUCUCUCUCAUAGAUCUUUCAUAUUUUCACUACUUCAUCUCUAGCAUGUUUAUAUUGGACUGUAAAUUUUUUUUUGAACAAUUUAUCAAAAAGUAAGUACAAUUGAGAAAUAUAUAUAACUAAUAUACGAAAAAUCAGAAUGUUACACAUAAAUUUCAGCAAUCUGAAACCUAUAAAACAUUUGUAGUUGCUCAUGAUAACAGAGUGUUGGGUGGGAUAUCAUACUAAAGGCUAGUUCGUCCAGGUGAAUAUUUCCGCACAAACAUGGAGAAGCAAACAACCACCACCCGCAUAGGGGAAUAACUUAUAUAAAUAGGUAUUUAUUAUUAAUUUGAUCUACUUUUAAGUUUGUUUUUUGUCGAACGGCUAUUCUAUUACUAAAACUUGAGGUGGUCCGGAUAGCCAGACCGGAACAGAACAACCAAUAAAAUAUAACUUCCUAUGGAAGGAUCUAGUUGUUUUAACUAAAAAGUAUGAAAUCUGAUUAUGCGCUCGUGGAACAUAAGAUAUAUUGAAAUCCGAGAAGCAUAUCUGUAGCAUCUCUAUCCUCUCCAAUUCUGUUGCAAAGUUUGGCCAUGCAUGCGGUUCCUUAAUCAUUGCAAUGAGCUCUUUGCAGUCUGUCCUGAAGCUCUGGCAUGACGAAUGUUGAAGCGUAUUCUCCAUCGCCCAUCGCAGUGCUUCUACUUCCGAAUGCAAAGCUGAUUCCCACCACUGUCCAUCCAUACCCAUCCACAUCCACUGAAUUGAGAAGAGGAUGUCCAAGAUCCAUCUAGCAAGCAAAUGUUACCCAUGCCUAUGCCUUGGGGUUUCUCCCUAUUGUUUUCUUGUACGAUUGGUGGUACCAUCUCAUUCGCAUUGAACCAUGCCUGCCAUUCACUUUCAGCAUACUGUACAAGCUCCAAAGGGUCUCUGUCUAUCCCCCUAAAGAGUUUAUCAUUUUGAACCUUCCAAAUAUACCAGAUUAUCCAUGGAUAAGGGUCCCUGUCUUGUUCUGGUUCGAUUAUAUUGUUCUUCCUCCAGAACAGGUAAUCCAUAUUUGUGUAGACGCUUGGUACUGGAAAAACAUCAGGACUUGUUGGAGUUGAUGAUAGUGACCAAACUUGAAGAGCUGGCGGGCAUUCAAAAAUUGCAUGAGUUACAAAUUCCUCUUGGUCACCACACCUUGGGCAAUGGUUAUCACACCUUAUAUUACGCCUUACUAAGUUCGUCGUUACUGUCACAUAACCGGUUAACAAUUGCUAUAUAAGACGACAUAUUUUCUUAGGCGUCCUUAAUUUCCAAGCAAAGACUUGGAGCUUAGUGAUACUUGGCUCCAACACUUCUUUUUCUCCAUCUGUCCUUAAUAGAUUCUGAGCCCCCCAAUAUCCAGAUUUAACCGUGUAUUAGCCAUUUUUUGUGUAGCUCCACAAGAACGUGUCUCGCCGAUGAGUUGUGCUUAUGGCCAAACUCCUUAUAAAGGGUACAUCAAUAGGAUUGACAUAAUGUUCCAGCAACUCAACAUCCCAUUCCUUCGAUUCCUGAUUAAUGAGAUCAAUGACCCUCAUAUUUGGAUGCAUAACUGGUGCUACAGCUGUAGCUUGCCUAGCAUGUGUCAUUGGAAUCCAUGGAUCCUUCCACACUUUGACUUCAUAACCAGAAUCUAUCUUCUGUCUUAUCCCCAGUAACAAAAGCUUCCUUGCAGCAGAGAUGCUAGUCCACACAUAGGAUGGACUGCUUAUAGCGUUUACCCUCAGGGACGAGCUCAAUCUAUAGUAUCUUCCCCUCAAGACUCGGACAACCAGCGAAUCUGGAUAUUGUACUAGCCUCCAUAAUUGUUUUGCCAAUAAUGCCAGAUUGAACUCAUGGAUCAUACGAAAUCGAAUCCCACCCUCCUCUCUAGGUAAACAGACUUUUUCCCAUUUCGCCCAGUGAAUUCCUCUUUUUGGUGGAUUCGAACUCCACCAAAAUUGUGCAAUGGCGCUGGCAAGGUUUUCACAUAUCUCCAAUGGGAGCAGGAAAGUGGACAUAACAUAUGUCGGGAGAGCAAGUAGAAUGGAUAUGAACAACACUUCCUUUCCUCUUUUCGAGAGCCAUCUACAUGUCCAUCCAUUCAUUCUAUGCUUCAGUUUAUCCUUGAGGAAAGCGAACAAUUUGCAUUUUGAGCCAUUAAUAUCUUCUGGGAUACCCAAAUAUAAAUCUCCAUAUCUCCUUCAUUAUGUAUUGCAAGUGCAUCUUUAUAUUCUUGUCUAGUAAUUGUAUUAAUCCGCUUACCAAAGAGUAAGGAGGAUUUAUCAAAGUUAAUGCAUUGGCCUGAUGCUUUACCAUAUACCCUGGCUACUUUCAUUACUUCUUCACAUUCACGGGGCUCCGCGUUACAAAAGAAAAGGCUAUCAUCAGCAAAGAGAAGGUGGGAUACCGAUGGACACGCGCAUGUGACACACAUCCUCGUUAUCUUCCCUUGGUUAUCUGCAUGAUUGAGAAGGCAAACGAGCGCUUCCUUGCAUAGAAUAAAAAUGAAAGGAGACAAAGGAUCUCCUUGACGUAGGCCUCUACCUGGAAUAAUAUUUCCUCUCGGCUGCCCAUUUAUGAGUACUGUAUAUUGUACUGACGUGAUACAUCUCAUUAUCCAAGUAAUCCAGAUUUCUGAAAAGCCCAUCUUGCACAUGACAACUUCAAUAAACGAUCAUUUCGUCCUAUCAUAUGCUUUGCUCAUGUCCGUCUUAGUAGCCACUCUUUCAACAUACGAUCUACUUUUAAGUUAUACAUAUGAUUUGAAAGGUGUCUCUUUUUUUUUAGAGAAUUUGUUUUUUUUUUUUGGAAAAUUUUCUUAAGAGAUUCAAUUUCUAAGGCUUGUGGGUCAAUUUAAGUAUUAAUUUUUUUUUUAAAGUUUGGUUUACAAAAUGCACAUUACAAAUUAUAAUUUCUUAAUGUAUAAUAUAAUUAUAUGACUGAUAACUAUGUACGCUUGAUAGACCAUAGAUUUGACCCAUUAUCACCCGUGGUUUAUAAGUUUUUUAAUAACUAUUAAUUAUGUUCUAGAGUCUAUUUAGCAUAUUUAUAGGAUCAAUAGUGAUUUGGAGGAAAGUGAUGAUUUUGGAGCGUUUUGGAGAUAUUUGGAGCAAGCACCCGAGAUGACCAUCGAGUUCGACCAUCGGUCGACAUUGAAGAGGAAUAAUCGAUCGACAACGAAGCUCGCAGAAAGCCCGUUUGGUCUUAGCCGACUUAGAGCCCAAGUCUUCACCAAUUUACAAGAUUAUCUCUAACGAGUUUUAACCUAAUUAUAUAAGCUUUGCUAACAUGUUAGAGGAAAAGAGUGCUUUCUUGUUUUACUGAUAGCAACAGUUUUUUAGGAUUUUUAGUAGAUUGGAGAGAAGAUCCAAAGUUAUUUGUGAUUUAGACUCCAUUAAUAUCUAUCUAUUAUUCUAAUGCAGUUUUCAUACCUUAUUGCUGUCAUGAAUUACUUGGCCAGGUCUGAGUAGUUCUCUUGUUAGAUUUUAGGGUUUAAAUAGGUUAUGAGGGAUUAGCCCCAACUAUAGACUGCUAAGUUGUGAUAUUAAUCAUUAGAAUUGUCAUUAAUGCCUGAUUCUAGAUUAGCUACCUAGAACUUGCCCUAGGAUUGUUAGAUAUAAGCGAUAGCUUUCAUCUCAUCCCGAAACCAUUCUAAUUGAGCUAAGACUAGAGUAAGGUGAGAGCUGAUCUAAUGAGAUUAGUGAGCACAUUCAACCCGCGCAUUAACGCUUGACCAAUAGCCUCGAUCGAUAUUCAAAUAGAAUAACUGGUCGACGUUUCGAAUAGUGCAUCGAUCGAUAUUCAUAUAGAAUCAUCGGUUGACACUUGUCAAUAGACGAACCUAGAAAGCGAGAGCCUAGUGGUUCGUUUAUAACUGUUGAGCUCUAUAAUAUCAUGCAUGCAAAUUAUUAAGUUUCUAUAGGAUUAUAAUUCUAAAUUUCCUGAACAAAAACCCUAAGUCUAACUAUUUUCUUUUAUGCACCAAAACCUCAACCAAUCAAAUCGAGCAAUUACUUGCUCAACAAGUGCAACUUUAUAUUUAAAUCAUUGAACCACCUAGGUUAACAAAUCUGAUUAGAUUUAUUAGGUUCCCUAUCUGCCUGUGGAUUUGAUCCCUAAGUACUCCAACUGAACCUCUUAUUUGAGAGAGUAAUUCAAUUCUUAGGGUAGUUUGAGUGAGAUCAAAUUUGGCGCCUUUGCCGGGGAGCUUUGAUCGCCUUAUAGAUUUAGUCUUGUUUAGUCUAGGUUUUCGCUUAAAAAUCACUUUCUAACACAAAUUGUUUUUUCUUGGCUUUUCAGGUACAUGCCCAGCAGUACCAGAAGCAACAAGGAAACUCAACUGCUAUUCUCAUCAGAUCCUGCAAGCUUGGAACGUUCAAUCCGCAAAGAAAUAUGUUCCUCAUCGAUCGACAACCACACAAGUUCAUCGAUCGAUUCUCGUCAACCACCGUUGACCCUGACACCAAUCUCGUCGACCGACACUCACUUUCUACCGUCGACCAAAGACACUCUUCCGUCGACCGACACCUUCCAUCCGAUAUCGAUCGACAUUUCUGUCCGAACAUCGAUCGAUACUGCGCCGCGAGACAUGGUUGCGACUUUGAUUAUUGUACGUGAUGAUAAGGGAGACAUGUAUGACUAGGAGGGUCAUCUGCGUAAUGCAACAAAUCAGAGGAUAGACACUCAGGGGGCUGCAAUCCCUAAGCCUGAUACUGAUGCUACAUGCACUACUCUACCUUUAGAUGAGGCUGCUCGACCCAAAACGUUGGCUGACUACAACUGUCCAGAUCAGUUCUACACCAACAGAUCAGCCAAUCAUCCUCCAAUUAUUCAGAGGGGGAAUUUCGAGUUAAAGCCGCAGUACUACAUACUCGUGGGAUAGACACCCUACUAUGGGUUAUCUCACGAGCAUCCUAUGGACCAUCCGGAGAGGUUCGAGAAUCUUAUAUCUGCUAUUAAAGUCGAGGGAGUCUCUGAAGACUACCUCCUAUGCAAGCUCUUCGAGUACUCACUUGCUGAAGAUGCUUCAAAUUCGCUUAAGCAGUUACCACCAGGAUCUCUCACAUCCUGGAGCGACAUCAAGAAUGCAUUCUUAUGCAACUUCUUUGAUGAGGCGCGUGCUGAAGACUUGAGGAGCAAGAUUGCUACAUUCACUCAAGAGCCUGCUGAAUCAUUCAGAAGCUCCUGGAUCAGAUUCAAGUCUUACCAGAGAGACUGUCCACACCAUGGAUUCAAUGAAGUACACAUGCUCAGUACUUUCUAUAGAGGCCUCGCGGUACAGUAUCAGAUGGCCUUUGAUGCUUCCAACAAUGGGAACUUCAACACUGUUGGGGUCAAAAUCGGUUACGACAAAAUCAACGUCAGAGAAAACUUUCUCUUCAUUAAAAAAUGAAAUCAAGAAAGAAUGGAAAAACUAUCAAAGGUCUAAAGGAUCAGUUCGUCGAAACAAACAAACUCGAUCAUCGAACACAUAUUCAGCUUGGCCGUUCGCCGAACUGGAGCUAGACUAGUCCAGUUCGGCAAACGGCCUAGCUGGAUCCAGCACUGAUUUAGCUCGGCCGUUCGCCGAGCUGGACCAGUCUAGUUCGGUGAACAGCCGAGCUGGACCCAAGACGGAUUAAGCUCGGCCGUUCGUCGAGCUGGACCAGUCCAGUUCGGUGAACGGCCGAGCUGGGUCGACCGGAGUCCGUCUUCGCCUCGUCCUCGUAACUCCUCUCCCGAAGAUUGCAUUGAACUCAUUCUUGUUUCGUCUCGAUCGGAAGUAUCGUUGGAACUUUACGAUUUUAAAAUCGUAAAAUACUUGUUCCCCGAAGAACAUUCGGAUUGAUCGUAUAAAACGACAACGGUUAGCUUAACACCCAAGGUUGGCUAUGCUAUUAGAGGAAUUUGAAUGUCCUUCGGAAUCAACGUCGUUUCAGAAGAAUUAUUGUUAUAAAAUCGUAAAAACGCCAAAGUCGGGAAACAUCCCAAAAAGGGCCAGAACGCGGCAAUGAGCCCACUUAUGAUGUUAUGAAACCAAGCCCAGUUGUUACGAUGGUUUGUUUUUUUUUGCACAGAAGAAGAUAAAUGUCAAGUUUCUGAAGAUAAAUGUCAAGGUUCCAAGGAUAAAUACAGAGAUCGAAGAAAAAUGGAAUAUUUCCGCGGAGCGAUAAAGUUGACUAAAGGCAGAAAGGGAAAAAAGGAAAAACAGCCUUAGAAGGAGUAUAUAAGGGGAUCGAAGCUGAAGGGGCAAGAGGAGACAAGAACUAUUACUCAGAGCAAAAAACAUAGAGCAUUUACGCAAUUUUUCAUUUUUGUUAUCGAGGUGCGACUCAACUAGGUUUCAAGUCUUAGGUUGCUAGAACUAGGAAUUUCGCCGACAGCUCUCGUGGACGAAGGCUCUUACCUUGUUGUAACGCUCAAACAUGGAUUCAAAAUAAAAACCUUUCUUGCUCUCUCUUUGAUUCCAUAUAUUUAUUUCUCAUCUAUACUUUCGUGCUCUGAUUGCUUGGCGAGUGGUUUAGUAGAUAUCUGAGACCUCUGGAAAAUUUAGGAUUUCCUAUCUUUCCUAAUUUAAACGGAUUUCGACAGUACGAAUUUUGGUUCCUACUAACACCAGGAAUCCAGAGGAGGCAGUGAAAGUUAUUUAGAACUUAGCAUCCAGCAGCAGCACCAAGAAUAUGACUUUGAGAGGAAGAUAUCUGCAACCAUUCUUGGGAAUGACCAUAUGGAUGAAGUGAAGGCAAAACUGGACAGUGUUCACAAUCUUCUCAGGAAGCAGGUCUGCUUGGUUGAGAACGUAGAGACUGUAGACACAGAGGGUAGAGCAGAGGUAGAAGAAGAUGUGAACUUCAUUGGUAGAAUUGGAUUCCAAGGGUGUGGAAACCAGGGUGAAAACAUAAAUUCCUAUGGAAAUAUGGGUAAUUUCAACUAAAGUUCGCAGCACCAGAAACUCUACAGCAACAACUACAGCAGCAACAACAUGGAUUAUGGAAACUCCUACUACUAGAAGCCACCACCACCUACUCAAGAGAGCAAGGUUGAAGAGAUGCUUGAUAGGGUACUUGAGGGACAUCAGCGCAUGACGGUGGACUUCAAUAGGAAGAUUGACUCUGUCUACACACCCCUGAACACAAAGUUUGAGACUUUGAGCACCCAUGUGAAAAAUCUGGAGAUGCAGGUUGUUCAGACAGGAGAAGCUGUUAAGAGGCAAGAAGCCUUAACAAGAGGGGUAGGGGAUGAUGUGAUGAUGCACCACGUGAAUGCCAUCAUAGAUAAUGAUUUAUGGCAAGUGGUGAAGCAAUAGAAGCUGCAAGAGGGAGAUUUGAAAGUAGAGAGCUUGAUGAGUUUCAGCGGAUCGCAUUGGUGUCGAUCGACGCGGGACUCUGAACAUCGGUCGAUAGAAGUCAUCUAAAAUCGAUCGACAAGCUCUCUCCAGAGCAUCGAUCGACGACACCUACCAGUCAACCGAAUCUUGCAAUGCCGUGAGGAUCAUGACUCACGAGGAAUUCGCAGCCAAACACCCACAUCCGCCCAGCCCUGUUUAUGUCAAGAUCGAUCGACAUUCUGACUCUAUCAUCGAUCAACAUAGAGAGACAGCCAUCGAUCGACAACUUCCAGUGUCCAUCGAUCGACGAGCACCUCUUACACACCGAGGUCAGAUGCCAAAGAUAGACGUUGCACGUCUCAAUGCAUUUAGGCCACAACCCAAACCUUCAGAUAAACCACCAGAGGCCAUCAAAACACCUUCCGAUGAUGCAGCAGAUCCGAUGGAAAUUGAUUGGGUUCCUAUGGGAAGAACCCUGAGGAAAAGAAAGGAAAAAGUGGCAAAACAUCUGAAAAGGGGAGCUAAUGAAAAGGAAAGGGAAAAUUUUCAAAAGAGAGUCUUCAGGAUUCCUCUAGAAAAGCCAUUCGAGGAGGCUUACUUUACCCACAGAUUAUGGAUGUUCUUCAGAGAAACCAUAGAGACCGAAGAGGACAUUGGUAGAAUGUUCUGUGAACCUAGAGAAAAGAUGAAGAAGAGGAUUACACUGAAGAAGAAGAGUGAUCCUGAGCAAUUUGCAAUACCAUGUACGAUGAAGGGUAUUGAUUUCCCACAUGCUCUGUGCGACACAGCAAGAGCAUCAGUCAGCAUCCUACCUAGGGUUAUGGCAGACCAUCUGGGUCUGCAGGUGGAACCUUCCAAGGAAUCAUUCUUGUGGAUUUUUCUCAGAGGUGCUCAGGAGGAGUUGUUAGAGACCUUGAGGUGCAGAUUGGUAAUGCCCUAGUUCCAGAUGAUUUCAAUGUCUUGGAUAUCAAGUUAAACUGGAACUCUUCUCUACUACUUGGGAGAAGUUUCUUGUCGACAGUAGAAGCAGUGUGCAACAUGCAAACCAACCAGUUGUGCCUGACACUCAUAGAGCCACUUGUGCUCUACAAUCCUAUUGCAGUCAAAGCCACAGACGUCCUCCGGAAGAAUUAAUGAUCCAUUUUUUUUUGAUAAAAAAAAAGAAUUAAUGAUCCAUAACUCAUCGCAGCAUGCCACUUUGGGGCUGGGUACGAAACAAAAUACUCGGCAUCGAUCGAAACUUACACUGCAACUUCGAUCGACAGUGCCAAUCAUAAAUCGAUUGACAUACCCAAAGAAGAAUUGGUCGACUGUAGUCCAAAAAAUUGGGAGAGCGACUAAUACAACCCCACUAUGGUAGCACACACCAGACACACCAUGCAUACGGAGGAGUAUGAUGAAGUUUAUGAGGAGGAACGAACUACAGAGUACAAUGCCAUUCUUGAUGAGGAAGAUAGACUUAUCCACCAUUCCUCUUGGAAAAGGAAUGCGCCGUCGAUGGAAAGAAAAGUCUCAACAUCGAUCGACACUCAUCCCCAUCAGACAGGCCGAAAACGAGCAUCGACCGACAUUUCCUACUUCUCAUUGAUCGACACUGGAGUUGACCGUAUACGAGAAGGAGAUUACUCGAUUGGCAGUUGGGCAGAUGAUCACCAUCAAGAAAGCUAUGUAGUAGAAACAAAAUUCAUGAACCAGGAGCAGAUAAACUUCAUGAGGGUUUCACAUAUAAGGAACUUCUUAACAUGCAAAAACAUUGUGAAACAGAUCAACAACGAGCAAAAGCUACUGGGGGAAAGAACACGUUUCAGCCAUUCUAUCGACAAAGCCAACCGCCCAUCGAUCGACAACAAACCUCCAUCAUCAAUCAGCAUCCUUCCGCAACCAUCAUCCAAUGUAAGAAAAAACCCUAAUUAUGAUAACCAGUAUCUAACACAUGAUGAAUUUGGUAUUUCCAGGGACCAAGAUGGCUACGCAAGAGCAAUAGAUGGCCAUCAACUGCAAGUAUCCAGAGAGAACAUUGCAAAUAUUCUUCAACUAAUGGAGCAUAUAAUCUCUUCAUGCAACAACGCACCGUCCCAGCACAUCAGCAGAAGGUUACAAAAGAGUUCUAUGACACAGCUUGAUAUGAUCAUGGACCAGCCAGCUGAUGGAGAUAGAGAUGGAGAGUUUAGAGAUGAUCCGGCUGAAGAAGAUGAUGUCUUAACCAUUCCUAAAGGUCCCAUAACUCGAGCCAGAGCCAGGAAACUCAAAGAAGCUAUUGGAGGACUAAUCAGGAAGUCUUUGGAGCAAGAAGAAUGUCUUGGAGGAAGCUUGAUACUUCAAGAUACACUUAUCACCAUUCAAGCCAUCUUACCAUCAAGCUGAGUAUCAUCUAGGCUAGCAAGCUAUGUGUGCUCUUUUCCUAUCAUUGUUUUUGUCCCAUUGGGUUUUGCAAUGAUAGGUUUUUAACGAGGCCAUAGUCUUGC